AGCUGCAUGGAGUCUGUCUGCCUGAGAGAGAAUCCAUCACACAGAAACACACCGCCUCCUCCCACCUCCACUCACAGAGCUGCUACUUCACAUGCAACUCAACAACACAAGAAGCCUCCAUGUUGCACAGGGAGGAAUGCAGUAGGAGCCAGUUUUCUUUAAGCUAACUUUACACAACUUGCGUUUUUGGUUGCAUGUUUUUGUUGGAGAAGAAGCAGAAUCCCUCCUCCUCCUCCUCCUCCUCGUGUUUGCAGCGUUGUGUCCAGACACGGCCUCGCAUUGGUGGAUUGACUGUUGGAGCUUCACAGCUAAGCUAACUUCACUUCGUUUUGUUUUUGUUAUUGCUCGCACUUGUUUUGCAGGGAUGGUAUUUUUUUCUGGAGAGCCAUAAAUGACAGCCAUUCACCGGCUUCCAUUCAACACCGUGCUAGCUGGCUGGCUAACACCAACACUUCACCUCGGACGGUUAUCAACAGCUAGCUUAGCUUAGCUUAGCUUAGCAGGCUAACAGUAAGCUAGCAGGCUAACAGAGCGCGCUAGUGCUGAAGAACUGAAUAACAUUGUGGGGAAACAAAAACAGGAAUAAACCACCCGUCUAAAUGGACCACAUGUCCAUAAUAACCCAAGUUUCCAACCCGAAGGAGGAGGAAAUAAUAUCCUUUAACCAGGAGAAAGCGUCCCAGUCCAACAGCAGCCUAAAGAAGCAGAGGAGCCGGAGCAUCUUCAGCACAUUCUUCUGCUGCUUCCGCAACUACAAUGUGGACCCGCCAGCCACCAACACCAGCCCCCAGCCUCCACCUGUUGAGGAGAACGGGUCGCCUCCCAAGUGUGACCAGGUCGAGGUUAUCCCUGUCCCUAGUCCACCAGCCAAAUACCUCCUACCAGAGAUGAUAAUAUCUGACUACGGCAAAAAGUGUGUGGUGAUUGACUUGGAUGAAACGCUCGUCCACAGCUCGUUCAAGCCCAUCAGCAAUGCAGAUUUUAUUGUUCCGGUGGAGAUCGACGGUACCGUUCAUCAGGUGUAUGUGCUGAAACGACCCCACGUGGACGAGUUUCUUCAAAAGAUGGGAGAGCUAUUUGAAUGUGUCCUCUUUACAGCCAGUCUCGCCAAGUAUGCAGACCCCGUGGCAGAUCUGCUGGACCAGUGGGGCGUGUUUCGAGAGCGACUCUUUAGAGAAUCCUGCGUUUUCCACAGAGGGAACUAUGUCAAAGACCUCAGCCGGCUGGGACGAGAGCUCAGCAACGUCAUCAUUGUUGACAAUUCACCCGCCUCUUACAUUUUCCACCCAGAAAAUGCUGUCCCUGUCCAAUCCUGGUUUGACGAUAUGAAUGACACAGAGCUCCUGGACCUGCUGCCUUUCUUUGAGGGACUCAGCAAAGAAGAGGAGGUUUAUGGAGUCCUGCAGAAUCUGAGAGGCAGGUAGCAGGACACACCACAGCGCGCCGCCUGCGCUCUCUCUCCAUCCUCCGCUCUGUCGAUCUCUGCCCCCCCUCUACAACCACAUCUCUCAGACUCAGGCAGAUCCUCCCACUCGCGCCCCUCUUGUCUCUGCCCCAAGGGGACGCCUCGGAGUCUCACUGUGGAAACCUUCAUGUAAAAAACCCCCGUCUCCGCUCUCAUCACCUGGUGACUGGCUGCCUUCUGAGUGCCAUCAGAAAACAAACACUAAAUAUCCCAGGAGCACUGUGUUUCACAAAAAACCACACCAGAAAGUGUACAGAGCGUCUUACGUUGAUAAUAUUGGGGACAAAAUGCUAAGAGGAAUGAACUCUGGUCUUUAUUUUCAAACCAACAAAGUUUUACUAUUUGGUGAAGUGCUUAUUUUAAAACCAAAAAAAACAAAACAACAUUUUGUCUGAAGUUUCUUUUGUGGUUCCACACAAAAGUCUGAGAAGAUUUUGUCCUCGUAUUGUUGCUAUGCAGGCAGUUUCUGGUAGUAGAAAGGACUGUGAUUCUCUUUUCUUACUGAAUGAAGUGCCUUGUGUGAAUGUUGUUUAUAUGGGGCGAUAUUUUGUACAUGGCAUAUUUCCAGAGUACUUCAGUCUUUUCACACAAAAUAUGCUUUAAAGUGGACACGGAAGUAUCUUGAUAAAAAAGUUUUAGUUCUUUUUUUUUUUUGGAAUAUCAAACGCUGGGUAAAUAUCUCUCCAUAGUAUUCUCUUUUCUUUUCUCCUGGUAUGCUUGUGCCAUUAUAUAGAUGUGACUUUGUUUCUUUCUGCUUUCAUUAUAUGUAGAAAUAAUUUGUUUUAGGCAAAGGAGUACGUUUGCAAUUGAGAACCUUAACGCCCCACCUGCAAGUACAGUAGUUCUUUUUAUAGUUUGAUCUGAAAGCUCAGAUACAAUUGUGCCAUUUAUUUACCCCCUUCCCCCCCAUUUCAUUUUAUUAUUGGCCAAAAAAAUAUUUUUUUAACAGGCUUCAUAUCUUUAACAGGCAUUCAGCUAUAACUGUUAAACCAUUAGUAGUACGUAUAGCAUUUAUAGGUUUUAAUCUUCUGAAAAAUACAUGUGUAUGUUUUUAAUGUUAUGAGGUCCUUGUUUGUCAUGUUGUGCUUAUCAUAUGGCUAGCCGCAUUGUUUUUUUUCUUCUUUCUUUGGGGUGGCACACAUAAGAGGUGCAGAUUCACCCUUAGGGGAUGAUCUUUCUCCAUAAUUGUACACAGUUGCAAAGGUAUCCCUUUUUGUUGUUUCAAGUGGUCUGGGAUCUUACAGCGAACGGGUCGAGUGCCAUGUUUUUCCUUUUUUUCAUGAGGUUAGUGUCUUUAGGACAAUAUAGGAUAGUGUCGGACGGAGUCUGGACAGCGUUAAGAGUAACACCAUUCUCUCCUGAUUUUACCGGUCCUCCACCAGUCCCGGUUGAAACCAGCAGAGAUGAUGUGUGGCGUUUACCUUCCCCAGACUCUUUUUAACUGCUCUUCACCUCAGUGCCUACGUUUUUUGAGAGGAGCCACGCAAACCGAAUGCUGCAACAUUAGCUACCAUGGCAAUAACCUUUUCUUGUGGGCGGGGGGGGGGGGGAGUUUCCAUCCCAAGUGUUUGGUUUGGGUGUCUAGAGCACUUGACAAGGCUAGCCGGUAGACACUAAAGGCUGGCCUGGUUAUCACGAUGACUUUCAUCCUUCAUGAUAGAACCUUCAAACUUUAAUUUGAUCCAAAAACUGGACUAAUGGUGCCUUCAAAUGAAGCUUGUGUUUACAACAUGGGAAGUCGUAUAUACAAUAGG